AACGCGGGUUGUGUGCAACAAGUGAAGUUGACAGGCAGAGAAUGUGGUCCGAGGCGAUGAGCAGUUUGGCCAAGAUGUACCCCAAGCUCAGUCAAGUGGAGUUGUCGGCGAUCCUGAUGAAAGGUGCAGCAAUGUCUAGCUCGUUGGAACGCGAUUCCGGUUUCAACUCCGGCAGCUCCGAGCACGAAGACGACCUGAAGUCGUUGGACCAGAGCUCCCGGGAUGGUCUGAUCAGCCCGGAGAACAGCUGUGAGGACUCGAUCGAGGUGAAGCUUCCUGCAACGCUGACGUCGGCGACUACCACCACCACACCUUCCGCUGCGGGCUCGCUCGUUAAGAACAAGCGCAAGAGCUCGGAACCGUUGCGCGUGGUAGCGGAAACGGAACUGCUGGCCCCGCUGAAGAAGCGCAUCCGAUACCAGGACUCGUCGACCAAGCACGAGGAGGACGAGGAGGAAGACUUGCGGUCGGUGUCCCGAGCGGCCGCUGCCAGCCCGUUCAGGCCGUGGGCUCCGGAAGGAACCGGACUGCACAUGCCACCGCACCAUACCUCGUCUCCAUUCCCCAGUCCAGCCGAUCUCCUCGUUCGUCAUCCGGCUGUCACGACACUCCAUCGGGCUCCGUUCAGUGCUACGAACUCGAUCGAGCAGCUGCAACCGUUGGCGUUGGUGGCGAAAAAGAGCAACCCUUCCUCGAGCGAAGCCCAUCAGGCGCUGCCCCGUCCGUCCUCUUCCCGGUCGACAGCGGAGUGCUCCUCCAACGCCGCUGAAGGCGAUCAGUCUGACUUGGCGCACAAACUACACCUCCUGCAGGAGCAUCACCGCCACUCUCGGUUGCACCACGACGUCCAACACCAUCAUCCACACCAGCACCACCUUCUGGGUUUUGUGGCCCCCCGUGGCGGUGCACCUACCUCGCUCGAUGGCACCAACGACGACGGUGGCGGCGGCGACUCGUUGAUUGUGGACAACGACGACGACACCAAGGCGUCCGGCUCGGGAGCGUUGUCGGCGACCCAAUCACGAAACUACAAAAACAUGACCCGCGAACGGCGCAUCGAAGCGAACGCCCGGGAGCGGACCCGCGUCCACACGAUCUCGGCCGCGUACGAGAAGCUUCGGCGGGCGAUCCCGGCGUACUCGAACGCGCAGAAGCUCUCGAAGCUGUCGAUCCUGCGCAUCGCCUGCUCCUACAUCCUGACGCUCAGCCGGAUGGCCGGCGAAGACUACAGCGAGGACGCAUCGGAGCCGUCGAUCGCCGACUGCGUGGCGAUGGUGACGCGCACCAUUCAAACCGAGGGCAAGAUUCGCAAGAAGAAGGACGACUGAGUGUGACCGUUGCUGCUGCUGGUGGUGACGUGGUUGCUGUGGUUGCGUGGUGCAGAGCACCAACCCGCCGUGGCCAUCAUCCAGCGUGGUGUCCAGCGAGUUCACCUACGCUUAUUAUUUAUUAUUUAACCGUAA